AUGGGCUCAGGAGAGGCUCUCGUGCGUUAUAUUCUAUUGGCUUUUUUGCUAACAUAUACCUCAGGGUAUUUUAUUCCAUCUUCUGAUUCUGGUUUUAGUGCAGUCAAAAAAGCUCCAAGAUGGAAUGUGCCAUGGAUGGGCAUCGGUAUGUGGUGCAACGGAUGUCCUCCGAGAGGGUGCGAAGAUGACGAGGCGGUGAUACACGGCUUCUGCUGCGGCUGUGCUCACGUAUUAGAUCAGUUACCAAUUUUGUGCCCCGAUUUUUUACAAUGUCCACUCAACCUGCACGGAUUAUGCCAUGACUAUGAAUAUAUGAUGAGAUGUUGCUGUUAGCACUGAGAAGAGGAUUGUAAAUAAAACAUCUUUUAUAUUAUAGCAUACUGUUUUAAUUUCUAAGAAACCCUUAAUACAGAAUUACAGUGGGUUAGCGGAUCGAUUUAAGUAAACUUAAUUCUUCACAUAAUAGUACAAAAAUAAGUAAGUUAUAUACGAUCAAAUAAUAAAAUAAUUUACUCAUUACGACAUUUCAAAUAUCGCACAU